UUGAGGGAACGCUCCUGGGUUUUUGUCGACAAUUAAAUCCUGCUGCCCUCCAAUGCUAACUUCUCUUGGUGAUUUUUUUUUUUUUUUUGAAGAUCUUUAACAUUUGAACACGGACAAGUCUUAGACUCUGCCACUUCAGACGAGGUACAUUCAGUCUAUGGGUCGAUGUAACAGGGCUUCUUGAACACACACUUUAGCCCCAUCUUUUGAGCACUUGUGUGAAUGCAGCCUCAAAGUGUUUCUGUAUGAACUUUCACUAGAGACAUGGCUGCCAUGAAGAAAGUUCUGCUUGCUGCUGCUGUUGCUGCCCUGGCUGCAUUUGUGGGACACACAUACCUGAGACUGAAGCAUAUAAUGCUUGCUUCCAGAGAGCUGCCUGUGAAGCACCUCAACUGUCAUUAUUUACAGAACAUUGAAUGUGGGGCAGAGGACAUCACCAUACUUAAAGAUGGACUGGCCUUCUUCAGCUCGGGGUUGAAGUUUCCUGAAAUGCAUUCAUUCUGUGAUGAGCCAGGGAAAAUGUACGUUUUAAAUCUGCUGCAUCCGAAGCCAAGCCCUGUGGAGCUGCAGAUCAAAGGAGAGCUGGACCUCAGUUCAUUCAACCCUCAUGGGAUUAGCGUUUACACUGAUGAAACAGAUGACAACAUAUACGUGUUUGUUGUCAAUCACCCUCACGAAGCUAGCCAGGUAGAGAUCUUUCGUUUUGUUGCUGAAGACACACUUGUGCACCUAAAGACCAUCACCCACCCUUUGCUCCACAGCGUGAAUGACAUUGUUGCAGUUGGAAAGGAGAGCUUCUAUGCCACAAAUCAUUUCUCCUUUCCCAAUCAAGCGCUUCACUUUCUGACCAUUAUCCUGGCUAUGCCCAUGUGUGACGUGGUGUAUUACAGUCCCAGUGAAGUGAGGGUGGCAGCCGGUGGCAUUAUGUCUGGAAAUGGGAUCAAUAUAUCUCCUGACAAACGGUAUAUUUAUGUUUCAGAUAUCCUAGACCAUGAAGUAGACGUUUUUGAAAGGAAAAAAGUUGAGCAGUUAGAGUAUAUUAAGUCUGUAGGGGUUGGAUCGCUUUGUGAUAACAUCGAGGUGGACCACAGGACAGGCGACCUGUGGCUGGGUUGUCAUCCAAAUUCUAUGAAGUUGUCAAACUUCGACCCUAAAGAUCCUCCAGGCUCUGAGUCUGUAGGUGUUGGAUUACUUUGUGAUAACAUCGAGGUGGACCACAGGACAGGCGACCUGUGGCUGGGUUGUCAUCCAAAUCCUAUGAAGAUGCUGAACUUCGACCUUAAAGAUCCUCCAGGAUCUGAAAUCCUGAAGAUCAAGAACAUUCACUCAGAGCAUCCAGUGGUGAGCAUGGAGUACGCUGAUAACGGCCAAGUGAUCAUGGCCUCCACUGUUGCGGCUCCCUAUGAGGGAAAGUUGCUUAUUGGCACUGUUUUCCACAAAGCUCUGUACUGUGAUUUGAGAUAAUCUGUAUAAUAUGUACUGUAUCUGUUAUUAGUACUGUAGCAAACAUUCUGCAUGGAUACAGGAUCAAAAUUAAAAUCAAUCUUGAUUGAAGACAGUUCAAAAAAUGAUAAAAAGAUCGUAAUUUUAAGGCAGGAAACUAUUUGACAGUGCAGCAUCAGUUCCUUUAAAAUUAUGUAGUGUCAUUUCCACACAAUGCAGCUUGUUCUCUUCAUAUAACACAGUAUUCCUGAUGUUUAAAUUACUGUAGUGCCUCCCACAACACAGCCUGGCUGGUGCCACAAAUACAAGGAAGGUAAAGGAUCUUUUACCCUUUUUCAUCUUUAGCCAAUAACAAAUCUUCUUCCACUACCUUGGAUAUUUUAAACCUGCUUCCGCUGCUUUCGGGAUGCUGUACGAUUUCCUCUUUUGUAGCCUCUGUGGCAGGUGCAGUGAAGACAAUACCCUCUGUGUCAAAAUCAAAUACGCAACUGUCCUUGUUCUUUUCAUCUUCCGUCUUAGCACAUGCUGCAUUUUCGGGUUCUCUGGUCUGUUCCUGUAUUAGAAGGUUCGUCUCCUCCUUUUCACCCUUGUCCCCAUCAGUCUUUGCAUUCAUGAACACCUCGCUGAUACUGAUCAUACGUCUGUGCCGCGGUGAGCGAUCCAGCGUCCGGAUGUUGGUGGCCAAGAUGUCACUGCAGCUCUUUGAGCGAUUUAUGUUGUCUGGUGGCUUUUUCCUCUUUGCUUCCAUCCCAAUCUCUUUGAUGACGGUGCUGUAGUCGUCAUCGUCCUUCUCAGACAGGAAGUUGAAGAUAUCAAUGACGUUCCGCUUUACUUCCACGUGUUGCUCGUCCUCUUCAGGCUGGGGUUCCUCGUCAUAGAAGUGUCUAUGCCUGUGUCUUCUUUUCUUUAGCACUUUGUGAGCUUCCACCACCAUGUGGACGUUCCAGCUAAAGAACAGAGACAGCCAGGCCAGGCCCAUGUAGAUCCAUAACUCCGCGAAUACUCUGUACAGGCGCGGGUACUGUAUGUUCGGAUUUACACCUGAAAUGAGAGUCGAUGCACUCACAUGAGUUUCCUAUCAGAAAUUUAGACUCAUAAAUUGUGCUACAAAUAAGACCUACCUGCUACAUAAUCACCAAAGCCGACCGUUGUGAGAGUGAUGAAUGAGAAAUAGAUGCCUUCCAAGUAGCUCCAACUUUCCACGGCCAUGAAAACAAAUGGAGGAAUCACCAAGUGCACCAACAGUCCCCAUAAAAGGAAUAAGGCUGUGCAGGUAAACUGGACUUUUUUCUGAAAAAUGGGAGAAAAGAAACAUCUUCAUUUAUUUUUCAUGGAGCUGCAGUUUAACAGAGUUUAGAGAAGUGUCAGAUUCUUACCACUGAAACACCUUUACGUAUCAGAACUUGGGACAGACGUUUAGCUCGAUCUCCGAAGAACGAACCCAGUUUACUGAUCCACACCAGACACAGUGGGAUCCCACAGAGACCAUACAGGAUGCAGAACACACGACCUCCUUUUGUCUUCGGGGCAACAUUACCAUAACCUGUAGAUUACAAAGUGUACGUAUGAUUAGCAAAUCAGACGCUCUAUAAGAGGAAAAUAAAGUAAAAAUGCAAUCCAGGCUGCCAAGCUUAAAAUAUAUGGUUACUGGGUAUCUCUAGUAUCACAACUUUGUCUUUUUUUUUAACUUGCUUUGUAACUCAUUUUUUCAGGAAUUUUCUUUCAAUCACAUACAAAGAUUACAAAUCUGUUCCCACAAGAUGAUUCCAUGAACUGAGAAAAGUUAAUUAUUAACUGAUGUGAGAACAUUAAUAAAUGAGUUGAUGCUA